GGUAUUUUACAUACAAUCUGUAAUUGUUUUAUAACAAAGAAUAGUUGUCUUCAAAAUACUGCUGUCACAAGCAUGUUUUCGCCUCACAUCACCACUAGGCGGCGCUUAAUGUUUGUUUAACGCUUCUUGUGUCUAGUCGGAUUCCGAUUGGUUACUAGGUCAAAAAGGCGGCUCUGAUGCGUUUCACCAAUGACAAGAUCGAGCGUAGGUCUCCGUAUUUGUUGGAAAACGCUCAGCGCUCAAUGCUCAUUGGAUGUGCAGCAUCUUCCGUUCCUCUUGAUUGGACUUCGUGCUUGUCUCUCACCUUGCUGGGAUAAGCCAUUCAAACUGCAACAAUGAAGCAUUACGAGGUGGAGAUUCUGGACGCUAAGACGAAGGACAAGCUCUGCUUCCUGGACAAGGUUGAGCCCAAUGCCACUAUCGGGGAAAUCAAGUCCAUGUUCCACAAGAGUCACCCUCAGUGGUAUCCAGCCCGACAGUCCAUUCGUUUGGAUCCCAAGGGGAAGUCUUUGAAGGAUGAGGACGUGCUGCAGCACCUGCCUGUGGGAACCACUGCAACCUUCUACUUCAGAGACCUGGGAGCCCAGAUCAGCUGGGUCACGGUGUUUCUGACAGAGUACGCCGGCCCUCUGCUGAUAUAUCUGAUGUUUUACUUCCGAGUCCCGUUUAUUUAUGCACCUAAAUAUGACUUCACCACCAGCAAACACUGGGUCGUACAUUUGGCAUGUAUGUGUCAUUCCUUCCACUACGUUAAGAGACUUUUGGAAACAUUGUUCGUCCAUCGCUUCUCGCACGGGACUAUGCCGCUCCGCAACAUCUUCAAGAACUGCACAUACUAUUGGGGAUUUGCAGCUUGGAUGGCUUAUUACAUCAACCACCCUCUGUACACGCCACCCACCUAUGGAGAACAGCAGAUCAGACUGGCCCUCAUCGUGUUCCUGUUCUGUCAGAUCGGAAACUUCUCCAUCCAUAUUGCCCUGAGAAAUCUCAGACCACCAGGAUCUAAGACCAGGAAGAUCCCGUACCCAACUAAAAACCCCUUUACCUGGAUCUUCCUGCUGGUCUCUUGCCCCAACUACACUUAUGAGUUGGGAUCGUGGCUGGGGUUCACUCUGAUGACCCAGUGUCUGCCCGUGGCGUUCUUCACCCUGGUGGGCUUCAUUCAGAUGACCGUGUGGGCGAAAGGAAAACACCGCAGCUACCUGAAGGAGUUCCGCGACUAUCCCACGCUCCGCUCUCCCAUCCUUCCCUUCAUCCUGUAGGACAGUCACGCAGUAUUCCUCUCGUCUUUUUAACCUUUAUUCUCUCGUCCUCCCCAUCGUCUCUUUUAUACUAAACAUAGUCUGCCUCCAUUCGUUUUACAUCCGGCAUUUGUUCACUGCUCAUCUCUUAAAACGGACUGAUUCUGAAUAAUAAUAAAGUCUACUCAGAUCCAGAACCUCGAAAGCUUCAUUCUAAUGGCUCAAUAUCGCCCCCUGUGGGUUGGAUGAUAUCUUUAUCAUCAUCAAAACUGUCAAGAGCAUGUCCAGAUCAUAAUUCUAUGAAAAUCAAGAAGAAAGUAGUAACUAAUAGUUUGCACAAAGACAAUAGAGCACAUCUUAAGACCAUAAUUGACAUUAUUUUCAUAAAUACGCAUGCCAUGAAUUGCGAAAACAUUUUAGUACAAUUGUAAGUAUACAACACGGUAAUAAAAUCAUUGUGUCUGGUCAAUGCGAUUUAUUUUGUAUUGUAUUACUGAAUAUAUAUUGCAUUAUAUUUAUGAAAAUUUGGAGAGAAAAGAGCAUACUUGUCAUGAAAGCAAUGUCACAAUACAAAAUCUUUAAUGGGUCAUUUACUUUAUGCAAAAUAUUUUUUUUCCCCCCUAGACCUGGACGUUUCUUCAUUAGAUUCCCCUCAUCUAGUAUGUAACAUCUAUAGAAGCUUUGAGGGAAACUGGUCAAACAUGUAUUUACAGUUUUUCCCCCUUCUGUAUCUUGUUUGUGCUCCAUUACUGGGAUUCUGUAUUUUGAGUGCACUACAUGCUAAUGAUUUCUGAUAUGCACUGAAAAUGUGAUAGCUGUGACCUCAGUAAAGAUGUUUAGUUCUGCUUUAAUUCAUUAUGAUGAUCUCAAAACACUAACAGGAGGACCUGAAGUAUCUGGUCAAAGACCAUCGACUGUAUUCAUACCUGUAGAGACGAGUUUCCUUCAGACACGCCACACUGUAUGUGAUUAUUAGUACAUGUGAAGCUAAAGGUAACUUGGCGCGAACUGCAGAUGUUAGAUCUGUUUUGUUGACCUAACAAUUUAUAUAAAAGAAAAAAAAUAA